UCCACAGAGAGGAGAGAAGGAAGGCGAAUGUUGUCUGCUGUGUGCUUUUUUCCCCCCUCUUGAGCGUAACCUUCUUUUUUUUUAAUCAUGUCGGACGCUGACGGGACGCGGUCUGAACUUCCAUCGAGUUCAUAGUACUGUAGCCACACUACAGGUUCCUCUUCUUCACUGAAAACUUGCAUUGAUGUCUGAGUUUUUUCGAAAAAGAUACAGGAAUCUGCAGAUAUACAGCUAUGGAAGAAGAUCUCACAAUACCUCAUGAUUCUGCCAAAAACUGCAACAUAUCAGUUAUAGAGGAUGAAAAAGAAAAGGUAAAGGACUUUGUGUAUAAGCAUUUCCGAGAGGUGACCGAUGGGCCAACACAUUUCAAUAAUUCAGAAGAAUCUCCUAUUAAGGAACAUGGGAUUUCCGCCAAGAAGGAUAAACAAACUCUCAGUAAAGCUCAUUGUAAAAUUCAGCAGGGGGCUGUUUUCUCUGGAAAAAUACUGAGUUUUGGAUGCUCAGUUUGUAGAGAUGAUUCGACAUACAGUCCCAAUGAUCUCCUUAAACAUUUUCGAGCGGCCCACAAAGGAAUCCUUCCUACAUACCCUUGUGAUCUGUGCGGUUUUGUAACGAAUGAAUUCCCUGCUCUGCAACGCCAUCGGAUUGAGCACCGGAAUACUCUUGUUACAUGUGAGCUCUGUGACGAUGAUGUUCAGUACUCCCUGCUUUUGCUGACCAGACACUACAUCAUGUGUCACAGUCUAAAUGGACAGUUUCACUGUGACUGGUGCCAGUUUACAACUGUGGAUGCAGGGACAUUCGUCCAACACAUCCAUCAUCAUAAUGAAAGUCCUUGGAAGUGUUCAAAAUGCAGACAUAUUAGCAUGAGCGAAGAGGAUCACCAAAGGCAUAUGAAAGCUCACUCGGGUACAUUCCCCUUCUCCUGUCAGAUCUGUGGAUAUGGUGCAGCAAGAAGUGACUACCUUAAAAAACACAUGGCAGCUGUUCACAAGGAGGAAUCUGAGAGAAGAAAUGUGUGGAAAGCUAUGGAAGACAGUAGCACUCCCACAAAUUCAUCUGGAAGUGUAAAAUAUUUGCUAAAAAAGAGUGGUGAAUCACAGGAACUUCAAAGGAUAUCAAAACUGAACUGUGUCUCUGGGAGUUUACCGAACCAAAAUGGCAGGCUAAUCAAACCAGAGUUAUCUUUGGAGGAGACCCACCACACUGAUGGGACUGUAGCAAAAAAGGACAACAAAAAUGGGAGCAAAGGUUCUCAUAACACAGAGCAGUCAAUGCCAGUCGUGUUACAGGAAUGUGACAGCUCUGCAAGCUCUGACACUGCAAAUCACACCAAUCCUAAUGGGCUGACUGUUCUAAUGGUCAAAAACAAAAUAUCUCUUCCUCCCAACUGUACAACCAAAGUGAUGGGGUUUAAAAUGGUUGAUGGGAAAAAACAUUUAGUUCUCAAAGUAAUACCAGCAGCAAAGCAAGACCUUUCCACUGAGAACAAUUCCUCAGUUGAAGAUGUGGGCUCCUCAGCACCAGAUUCUGUGUUUGAUAAAAGUAACGUUUCUUAUGAGAAUGGGGAAGGCUCUGCUAGUAGGAGCUCAACAUCACAGUGCUUUGCUGUUUCACCAAGAAGUGGAUCUUGCAUACAAACAGAUCAAGAUGAUAUCAUGGCAGUAAAAGUAAAGAUUGAGGAGGAAGAAACCUCUGUUUGCAACUUUGACUCCACCCCACACAGAGAUGAUUUUGGGGAAGAGGCUAAUCCUUCACUAAGCAGAUCUUCAACUUGUGCAGAUACGUUAUAUCCAAUGACAAAUGAGUUUGAUCAUGUGGGAGACCAAAGUCACCCAAGCCAAAUGGCCUGCUCAGAAAGAAGUCAGUUUGAUACUAACUUCAUCUCUGUAACAAUUAACACUGAUGGAACUGGCCAUAGUGGUUACAAAAUUAGUAAUACUUCGACAGUAUGUGAUGGGAAGGUCAGUACGUUAUCCUUACCUUCCAAAGUUGCUCAGGAAACACUUCUUUCCAAACCAGUCAGCAAAAAAACUGUUGAGAACUGUGGGGCUGCAGAUGAGAUACCUGUGAAUGACACAGGGACAGAAAAAGUCAUUGACAAACAUGAAGGGAACUUGUAUUUUAACACUACAGAAAAUAAUGACUUAUCUCCUCAAAGCACUCCAGAAAAGCCUGAUAGGGUCAGAACUCAGAUUAAAUUGAAAAAUGGCCAGCAAAAUGGUCAAAACCUAUUGCCAAAUCUGGUUCCUCCAUCAGAAUCAUCCUCACCCACUUCAGGUACCCACAGAGAAAGUGCUAUGGGCUCAGAAAAUUGCACCCAAAAUUCACCAAGCCAAGAAGUAUUUGCAUUUCACAAUUAUUCCAAGGAAACAUUUAGCACUUCUCCAAACACUACCCAGAACUUUGACAAUAUGUCCGAACUUUCUGUAGACAAAGAUAGUAUUUGUGAAUCAUCGCAGUUUAGCUUGACAUUGGCAGAGUCUCCAGAACCAUUCACAGAAAGUGACAAUGGAGAUGACUCAUUUCAAGAAAAUCAUCGGGAGGCCAUGAAAAAAUUAUCAGAUAGUGACAUCACAGUUGAUGAGUUCACAGCUAGUGCUGAUGAUCCUCAGACUGAGGAUGAAAACCCUGAAUCAGUGCUCCAAGACUUUAAUAUUAUCAAAGUUGAGGAGGAGAGCAUUCCUAUAUCCAAAAAACAGUCUGAGACAAAGUGUAGUUCAACUUCAUUGGGCAGCUUUGUGGAAGAACAUUCAGAUGCAAUCAUUACCCAACAACUUAACAAAGAAAGAAUAGAGUCUACAUGUGUAAGCAGUGAUUCUUCGAAGCCAACAAAAACAACUCUACGAAUUCUUCAACUGCCAGAGGGUAAGCAGCCAGUACUCCUGAGGGCUUCUGAGAAUCGAUUUGCCAUGCCAAUGCAGGUCAAGGCCACCCCAGGUUUCAAACUGUUAACAAAUUCUGCAAACCCUCAGAUCAAUGUAUCUUACAUGAAGCCAGGGACAGAAAAAUCAGCUAACCCUACUGGUGUAACUCUUACUCCAAACAGUAAGAGGACCGGUGUAUCAGCACCAAAGACAGGAGCUACUGAAAAAGGGACAACACUUCUCUCUGCGGUUCAACCAGGUGUUGGCACCACCUCAAAUCACUACCUUAUUAACAGCUCAAGUUUGAAGGGUCCUGUAUUCCUUUCAAGCACACCGCAUAAUAAUCCUACAGACAGAACAGCAAAGACACAGCCAACUUGCUACUUGGUACAGAGGUCUCUUCCAUUUGUUCAGGACCCAAGUACUCCUGGCCUUAGACUGGCAAGUACACAACUCCCACUAAAUUCACGGCCAAUGCUAGCCAUGCCCAUGACCCCUACAGACAAACCCAGCACUCUGCAGACUGGCCGUCAAGCAUUCUUGCUCCGGUACAUUUCUCCACCCAAAUCAGGCUUACUUCUCAACAACCAAGAAUCCAAGACUGGAACUCAGUGUAGCCCAACUAGUGAAAGCACUGGAAACAAAGUUAUAUUUAAACUUGUCACUUCUACCGGUAGCCUUCUUACAAGUGGUACGUCCACCUCAAGCAGUCAGCCUUUGUUUUUGGCCACCAGACCUCAGACCCAGUGUUUCCUGGUGUCAUCAAACAAAACGAAUGCAAAUGCCUCCAAUAGACUAAAGAAACUGAUCACCAUACAAAAUACUGGACCGAAGGAUGUUAAGGAAUCACCCUGUCAGAUGGCUGUAAAGGUACAACCGUGUGAAGCAGAGAAACCUAUUCUAGCCCCAAGGCCAAUUCGGCCUCCAAGCCAAAGGAAAAGGCGCAGGAAAGCAUUAUUUGAUGAGCUUCCCUCAGCAGUGCAUAAAGCUAGAAGACUCUCAAAUAAAGCACUAACUGAGAAAGAGACUACUGUGUUAUGGAAGCCUGUAGCCAAAGAAGUUGAAAGGACUCUGAGACUUGCCCCAUUCAGUUCUCUACAGCAGAUUAAAUGUCCUCGCAGAUACCAACCUGUAGUGGUGCUCAAUCAUCCAGAUGCUGACAUUCCUGAAGUGGCCAAUAUCAUGAAGGUUGUAAAGAGGUAUCGGGGUGCUGUUACUAAGGUCUCUUUGUCUCAGAAAACAAUCCAAGCACUCUCAGAGCUUUGUGCUCUAGGGAAGAAGUCCCCGACCAAAGGUGCGUUGUCGCAAAGCGGUGAUCCAAGACCUCGGCCAGUUCAGAGUUCUGUCCGAGAGCGAUUCCUCCUGAAACUGAAGUUAAGGAAAAAAAGCAAAAAAAAGUACGAGGUUGUGGAAACUUUAUCAGGUUGUAGACAAGAGCCUGUGGUGUUUGACUGCUGGUUUUGUGGUCGACUCUUUAACAGCCAAGAAGAUUGGAUCGGCCAUGGCCAGCGACAUCUUAUGGAGGCGACUAGAGACUGGAAUAAAUUGUUCUGAAAGUUUUCCAUCAACUCUAAACGGGUUGAUAUUCUGUCCUUUUUGAGGUGGAACAAAUGGUUGAAGCUGUAUAUUUUUUAAUGACCUUCCACUAAACGUUUGUUCAAUUUCUGGUCCUGUAAAUACAUAUUCUUAAGUGAAUCAUAGUUUAUCUUUUCAUAGGUGCAUAUUCUGGUAAAUUAUGUACUGCAAGCAUGAUUUAUAUCAUGCAUGCACAGGUCAAAUUGAACUGUGAAAAUGGUACACUGUAAUUAGGAGUUGUGGUAAGAGCACUGGCUUAAAGAAAAGGGGAUAGAAUCAGCAAAGGUUGUAUGCAGAGUUGGAUAAAUUACUCAGGUGAUUUCAUAUUAAUCUGGUUUGUCUUUUUUCUCAUAAAUUAAACAACAAAAGUAUAGGCCUAGCUUAAGGGACUUUUGUAUCUUUUCUUAUCCUGCACACAAGGACAGGUAACUAUUUGUAUAGCUUAACCCUAAAGCUGGUAGAUAAAUUCAGUUGUUUUGCGCUUGGUCCAAAUUAUUCCUUUUUUUUAUGAUGUUCUAAUUGAAGAGAGUAACAUUUUACACAAUUCUAUUGUCAGGAUUAGUUUACAGUUUCCUUGUCAGGAUGUUGUCAACUUGUAGCAUGCUUUUGUCCUAACUAGAGCAGAGAUUUUUCACUGUAUUCUCUUUAAUUUGCAAAUAGACAGUUGGUUUUAUAAAAUGCCUUUUCAGGAAAGAAAAAUCCAAUGUCUUUUAAACAGGGAUGCUUCAUGGCACACUGUCAGUACUUGAGAAAUUCAGAUCAGCCCAUUCUACACCCUAUGCAGUUUCCAUGCAAAAAUGUUAUUGUUGUCAGCAGCUCAGGCUGUUUGCUUGUGCUCAUGUUGUUAAUUAUGUGAAUUCACAUUUUAUCUCUGAAUCCAAUGAUGCAUCUUAAAGGGCCCAUGACUUUGCUUUCAGACUGAGUUUAUUUUGUGGGUUUUAAUGGUUG